GAAUGCUAUUUUGAUAGUGCUCUAGAACUUCCAUCGAUUACUUUCUCAAUAACCACAACCACAAGCUGUCCUUUACUGCAGACUGCUGCAGUAUAUUUUUUUCAAAAAGAUGACAUCAUCCUAAUGUCCCUUAAAGGUAUACAGCUGAGAUACAGACAUGAAACAAACGCCAUGGUGGCUCCGGGAAUGGAGUGUAGGUAAUAGUCCGUUGUUCAUAAUUUCAGCUAAAACGGUGAAAAUGAAUGACAUUUUCUUAUUUUGACAUUGGAGACUGCUGUGAUCAAGCUUUUUAACUAUUGGCAACGAAAGACGUUGUAUCUCAUAGGCCAACAGGAGGAAAACAGAAAAACUAUCCAAUCAGCUUGGCUGUUGGAUCCAGGUGGUAAAUUAUCCUGCUUCUCUCUGGAGUGUAUUUUUUUGUUGGUAUUUUCCAGCUUCCCCUACGCCGCCAUUAAAUACCAACAGAACGGUUGUUGGAAAUGGAGAUUAAAAUGAUUUAAAGCCCCGGAGAGACGGCAAAGGGACGGGGGGAGGGACGGGGGGGUUGUUGUGCAAUUGCAUAGGUCUCGAAGCCCCGCACAAAUGGAGCACGGAAACGUAAAUAUGCGGCUUCUGACCAAAUAAAAGCUUGACUUCGGAACAUACGGAUUGGGUUUCUUUGGGAAGACUCGAGUGGAUAGAACCGGGGACAAGCUCGAGAACGGUUUGGUUGUGCUUGGAAGAAGAGUGUCAACACAGGAAAAGCAUCCUGCUUGCCUGUGUGAUCUCCUUAAGUGGAGCUGUGGUGCUGAGCCUCUCCCAGCGGUGGAGCGACAAUGACCGAGCUGGGUACCAAGUGGGCCUGUGAGUACUGCACGUUUGAGAACUGGCCCUCGGCCAUCAAGUGCACCAUGUGCCGUGCCCAGAGGCCCAGCGGGGGCGCCAUCAUCACUGAGGAGCCCUUCCGGAGCAGCCCUGGCCUGGACACCAGCCGCCAGUGGGAACCCCCAAGCCUGAGUAACAGCCCGCCCAAGGGGGGCUCUAGCCUCCUAAUCUGCCCGGACUCCAGCGCCCGUCCGCGUGUCCGCAUUGCAGACGCCCCCGAGACCCCCUCCAGCAAGUGGUCAUGCCACAUUUGCACCUUCCUAAAUUGGCCCCGUGCCAUCCGCUGCACCCAGUGUCUGUGCCAGCGACAUCAGCAGGAGCAGCACCACCAUGGACUGGCACAGCAGCCACGCAGCCCCACCGAGUCACCCCAGACCUCAGGCUCAGGAUGCCGGCCCGCACCCCCCUCCACCCCUACCGACCCCUGCGAGGAGUAUAACGACCGCAACCGCCUCAACACCCGCGCCCAGCACUGGACCUGCGCCGUCUGCACUUAUGCAAACUGGCCCAAUGCGUGCAAAUGUGUAGUGUGUGACCACCCUAGGCCCAAUAUCCUGACAGAACCUAUCGAACUGGCCUGUGAGCCAGAGAGCCUACCACCCUCCAUACUCAAUGAGCAGGACAGGGACAACAGGAGGGGGGUUGUGAGUGUGGGAGGGGGCGGCGGUGGAUUAGUGGGGUGCAGUGGCGGCCAGAGGAGGUCCCCACCCACCGCCAAGCGGGAGGCGGAGGUUAAAAUGGACUUUCAGAGGAUCGAACUGGCUUCGGGAGCCGGAGUGGGGAGCAUAGAGGAGCAGCAGGUGGACUUUAAAAGGCUCAAACAGAUAAAGAACAGGAUGAGGAGAACUGACUGGUUGUUUCUCAAUGCCUGUGCAGGUGUCCCAACAGGCAGCUAAGUGUAUCCCAGCCAUGGUGUGCCCUGAGCUGACAGAGCAGAUCCGUCGGGAGGUGGCUGCCUCCCUGCACCAGCGCAAGGGAGACUUCACCUGCUACUUCCUCACAGACCUGGUCACCUUCACCCUGCCAGCAGAUAUUGAGGACUUGCCCCCAACAGUUCAGGAGAAACUGUUUGACGAAGUGCUGGACCGAGAUGUACAGAAAGAGCUGGAGGAGGAGUCUCCCAUCAUCAACUGGUCUAUAGAGCUAGGCACGCGGUUGGACAGCAGGCUGUAUGCCCUGUGGAACCGCACGGCCGGGGACUGCCUGUUAGACUCAGUACUGCAGGCCACUUGGGGCAUCUAUGACAAGGACUCCGUCCUCCGCAAGACCCUUCACGACAGCCUGCACGACUGCUCCCACUGGUUCUACACACGCUGGAAGGAGUGGGAGUCGUGGUACUCCCAGAGCUUCGGCUUGCACUUCUCACUCAGAGAGGAACAGUGGCAGGAAGACUGGGCUUUCAUUCUCUCACUGGCCAGCCAGCCUGGAGCCAGCCUGGAGCAGACUCAUAUUUUUGUUCUUGCACACAUUCUUCGUAGACCAAUCAUCGUCUAUGGAGUGAAGUAUUACAAAAGUUUCCGUGGUGAAACACUUGGGUACACCCGUUUUCAAGGUGUGUACUUGCCCCUGUUGUGGGAGCAGAGUUUCUGUUGGAAGAGUCCCAUCGCGCUGGGCUACACGCGUGGCCACUUCUCUGCACUGGUGGCCAUGGAGAACGACGGCUUCGACAAUCGGGGCGCAGGCGCCAACCUCAACACAGACGACGACGUCACCGUCACCUUCCUACCGCUGGUGGACAGCGAGAGAAAAUUGCUCCACAUCCACUUCCUCUCAGCACAGGAGAUGGGUAAUGAAGAGCAGCAGGAGAAGCUGCUGAGGGAGUGGUUGGACUGCUGUGUAACGGAGGGAGGCAUGUUGGCCGCAAUGCAGAAGUCGUCCCGUCGACGCAACCACCCUCUGGUCACACAAAUGGUGGAGAACUGGCUGGAUGGGUACCGACAGAUCUGUCCCUGCGCCUCUCUCUCCGACGGUGAGGAAGAGGAGGAGGAGGAGGAUGAGUGACGAAACUGGUGUAGGCGGGGUCCCCAGGGGCAGGGGUCCAGCCUCGUUUUUUGUUUUUUUUCCACCUUUCCUGACACGGACAAACUGAAAGGGGAGGGAAUCCUGAGCCUCACCGCACCCUGGCAGAGGACACACACACAUACAAAUAUCUUAGAGACUGACAGAAGAAAUGGUCCACUGCUGCAAAAAGACCUGGGGAUGAUGGGAAAUAAAGGAUUAUAGUAUACUAAUGCUAUUUAUCUUUAUUGAUUUUCUAAUGUAAAAUCUUUAUCCAAAAGUAUAAAUGCAUGUGGUUGUUUAAAAAAAGAAGUAUAAGAAAAUAUACCAGCAUUGAUUCAAACAUCUUUCUGUUCAUUAUGGGCACUGACGAAGCACACUUGCAAAAUUACUGUUGUUUUUCCAGUUGAAAUAGAGUUGGCUUUUUUUUGAUGGGCAGUGACUAAGCCAACAUCUUUGAGUCAUGGGACCCAACGGAGAACUGGCUCGAUUGUGUAAUAUGAACUUAAUUCUUAAUACUAAGCACUGCGCAUUUAUUGAAAGACACAUUUCUAUAUGAAUAUAACUGCUUGAAUAAAGGUCAUUUAUUAAGCUUUGAGAUGGCAGUUCAAAGUCACUAAGGUUUAGGAGACAGAUCAUACACAUGGAUGUUUAGUUUACCUUUUUUUCCGACUGGCUGAAAUGAAAUCUUGUUUUUAAUUUCGUCUCCAAACUAAUUUUACAUAUUUAUUUGUUUGGGAGCUUUUGAGCUAAGGAGAGCUUUGAUUCUCUCUAUUUUUCUUUCAUUUAUUAUUUAAAUCUAGAUGUUUUUUUUUAGGCUGCACUAACAUUUUUGCGGUGAGGAAAAUAACAACCAUCUGUAAAAGUUGACUUCAGUUCUCGUGUGAUUCAGUAUCUCAUUUGAAUGGUUGGUGAUUUUUGGGAGGAGCGAGUAAGACAUUCAAUCCAACAUUAAACCAGAAACACACCAGUUUCUUGUCAUAUUCUCAUUUUUCCUCUGUCUUGCUAUUCCUCCCUGUCAAGUUUAACCCAUGGUACCUGUGUUUUAUUUUUCUCUAAUGUAUAUGUGAACAUCUUGAAUUGAGUUUAAGGUCUUUGAGGGACUACACAUAAACCAAAGUUCUAAAAUCAUGCUUUAGCAGUGAAGGAAGUUUCUGUUGGGUUUCCUUGCCGUUGAGUACUGUAACUUUUAUUUUGGUGUAUUACAAUCUAGUUAUACACGUUUUGAGCAUCACCUGUAUGUUGCUUUGUAUUUAUGCAAUAGUUUCAGAUCUGACUGAUGGUUUGUGGAUUUAGGUAAAAGCCUGACCUCGCUUUAGCGUGUGUGGCACGGACAGGAAAAAAUAAAGGAAAACCUUUUUGAAUGUCCAAUUA